AUGGCGGCUAGGUAUAGAGAUGUCGGGGCAAAAGUGUAUAUUGGUGAUCUGCCCAGAGAAGCCUCUGAAAGAGAACUAGAACGUAUAUUUCGAGAAUAUGGGAGGCUGCGUAAUUUCGAAGAUGCUGCAGACGCAAGUGAUGCUGUUCGCGAGCUCGAUGGGACAGUUAUGUGUGGCGUCCGUGCAAGAGUCGAACUAAGCACUGGAAAGUCACGACAGAAGCCCUGGGUACGUGGUGGUGGAGGCGGUGCUCGCAAUGGCCCAGGCCGUGACAAUGGAUUUGGUCCUCGAAGAUUGAAACCGUUUGAUCCCGCAGACAGAUGUUACGAAUGUGGUGAACGCGGACAUUAUGCUUACGACUGUCGUCGCCGAGGUGGUGGGCCAGGAGGUCAAAACGGUCGGGGAAGGCCUGAUGGCCGAAGAAGGUCGAGGUCCUUCUCGGAUCAUAGAAGUUUUUCACGAAGCCGGAGUCGUUAA